GGGGGACACUCGCGGGCCUGACCCCGGAGGCCACCCCGGUGCGCCCGUCACCCGCCAGCCCGCGAGUCCCUAUUCCUGGCCGGCGACCCUGGGCCCAAGGAGCUCGCUGGGUGGGGGUAGGGUCCCCGGGGACCCGAGCCAGCUCCGGGCGCGACGAUGGAGGAAUCGCAGCGCGCGCGCUCGCACACGGUCACCACCACCGCCAGCUCCUUCGCUGAGAACUUCUCCACCACCAGCAGCAGCUUCGCCUACGACCGAGAGUUCCUCCGCACCGUGCCGGGGCUCCUGAUUGUGGCCGAGAUCGUCUUAGGGCUGCUGGUAUGGACGCUCAUCGCCGGCACGGAGUAUUUCCGGGUCCCUGCUUUUGGCUGGGUCAUGUUUGUGGCUGUCUUCUACUGGGUCCUCACGGUCUUCUUCCUCAUUGUCUACAUCACCAUGACCUACACCAGGAUUCCCCAGGUGCCCUGGACCACAGUGGGCCUGGGCUUCAACGGCAGCGCCUUCCUCCUGUACCUCUCAGCCGCCGUAGUGGAUGCGUCGUCUGUCUCCCCAGAGAAGGACAGUCACAACUUCAACAGCUGGGCAGCCUCCUCGUUCUUCGCCUUCCUGGUCACCAUCUGCUACGCUGGUAACACAUACUUCAGUUUCGUAGCCUGGAGAGCCAGGACCACACAGUGACUUCCUCACGGGAUAAUGGAGAAGAAAACACACCGGGAUGAAUCCCACUGUAAAAACAGUUGUAGCUAUGAUGUAUAUUGUCCCAGAAUUGUAUUUAACUAAUGUUUUUAUAUCUUAGUUAAAUUACCUCCUAAUGGCUUCUUACAAUUAAACUGGACACUUGCUGAGCGCUGUGACUGCUAAUGAACCCUGAGGUCUCUUAACGUCUUCAUAGGCUUUAUUUUGUUACAUAAUGUAUAAAUAAAUUGCUAAAUGCUGAAAA